CCCAGGAGGAGAUGCUGUGCUGCUCUCAUGGUGCACAGGGCAGAGGGGAAGCUCAGUGGAAGCUGCUGGAGCUGAGGGAAUUCUGAAGCUGUCGUAUUGCGCCAGUAUGAGAUGUCGUCUCUCAGCGCAUCAUUUGUGAAAAUCAGAUUCGAUGAUUUACAGUUUUACGAAAACUGUGGAGGAGGAAGCUUUGGUAGUGUUUACCGAGCAAAAUGGUUGUCGCAGGACAAAGAGGUGGCUGUCAAGAAAUUGCUGAAAAUAGAAAAGGAGGUAUUGAAUUGGGAAUAUCGGAGAGAGAGGUCGUCAAAACAGAUGGUGCAGAGAUCAGAGAAAAAUCACACUGAGGAUUCAUCUCCAUCCAGGAUGGAGGCAGAAAUUCUUAGUGUUCUGAGCCACAGAAAUGUCAUCCAGUUCUUUGGAGCUGUCUUGGAAUCACCCAACUAUGCCAUAGUAACAGAAUAUGCUCCUGGAGGGUCUCUGUACGAAUAUCUUUCCAGUGAUGAAAGUGAGGGAAUGGAUAUGGAUCAAAUCAUGAGAUGGGCAACAGAAAUUGCUAAAGGAAUGCACUAUUUACACAUGGAUGCCCCAAUAAAGGUAAUCCACAGGGACCUGAAGUCUCGAAAUGUGGUGAUUGCUGGAGAUAAGGUGUUAAAGAUUUGCGAUUUUGGUGCUUCAAGAUUUCACUCACACACAACGCACAUGAGUUUGGUGGGAACCUUCCCGUGGAUGGCUCCGGAAAUUAUUCAAAGUCUUCCCGUGGCUGAAACAUGCGAUACAUACUCCUAUGGUGUGGUUCUUUGGGAAAUGUUGACAAGAGAAAUCCCAUUUAAAGGUCUCGAAGGCUUACAAGUAGCCUGGUUGGUAGUGGAGAAAAAUGAGAGAUUGACCAUUCCAAGCAGCUGUCCUGUUAGUUUUGCAGAGUUAUUGCGGCAAUCCUGGGUAACUGAUCCCAAAAAAAGGCCAAGUUUUAAGCAGGUAUUGGGGAUCCUGGAGGCUAUGUCACAUGACAGCAAACUCCCAGACCAGUGCAAUUCCUUCUUGCACAACAAGGCUGAGUGGAGAUGUGAAAUCGAGGCCACAUUGGAGCGACUAAAGAAACUCGAACGGGAUCUGAGCACAAAGGAACAGGAGCUGAAGGAACGAGAGAGGCGCUUGAAAAUGUGGGAGCAGAAACUGGUGGAACAGUCCAAUUCAGCUUUACUGCCAUCCCUAGAUAUAUAUGCUUGGACAGAGGAAGAUGUGUACUUUUGGAUACAACAGCUAACAGAUAAAGGUGAUGCUCACUGUGAUAUGAAAGGGUUUGCUGAAAAGUUUAAGAGUCACCACAUCACAGGGCAAAGGUUACUUUUGUUAGCGGAACAAGAUAUGAAAGACAUCGGAAUAUACUCAAAAGGACACAUCAUUCAUUUAAAGACCGAAAUUGAAAAGCUGACGCUUGACUACUUGAGCCUAUUUCACUUUCCUCCUUUAAUCAAGGGGACUGAAUCUGAGGAAGAAGACAACCAGGAAAAAACAGUGAAUCUGGAACUAGUUUUCGGAUACCAUUUAAAACCAGGGAAAGGAUCUCAGGAGUCUAAAUGGAAAAUGUACAUGGAAGUGGAUGGUGAUGAUGUGGCAUUGACCUACAUUAAAGAUGUAACUUUCAACACUAACAGUCAAGAUAUGGAUAUUAUUAAGAUAAUUAAGCCUCCCUACCUCAUGGAGAAAUGGAUUGUGGGGAUAAGAAACAACCAGACUGUGGAAUUUAUUGUAACUUAUGAGAAUGACGUAAAAGCUCCCAAAACAUCAAAGCACACUCUUUCUGUUAUGUCAAAUUUCAUGAACACUGAAAUCAAAGAGGUAGAGUUAAUCAUACAAACUGGCUCGACAAAUGCAGAAGGCAAGCAUCGGUGCAAAUCCACUUCAAAUGUUCGUCAGCAAUGGCUCGAUGCUUUGAAGUUGCGUAAAAUAUCCACAACUUCCUCUCCGCAAUAUUCUGCAGGUUUAAAUCUGAACCAUAGCCCUUCCAGUUCUACUACACUACCUCAGUUUUUGACAUUAUUUGCUAAACAAGAUACUUACGCAGCAGCUGUACGGCGAAUGCAGAGUCCUAACAGAUAUCACAUCACACCUCUGACUCAACCUAGACGAAGCUCCAGUUCAUCACCUACAACGUCAAUGUUAAGUAGUCGUAUUUCUCUUCUGCAUCUAACCUCUGUAGGAAGCAAUGCAUCCAGCACCACUUCAGAGACCAUUUUGGAAAGAGACCGAUCCACCGGCAGACAACAAAGCUUUGGCUAUCAGAGCAGUGAUACCAUUGACUUUUAUUCCAAUAAAAGAAACAGUUCGGAGGCAGUAAACAACACUAAUACCAAAGGGUUUUCUGCUGCCGCAAGGGCUGGUCCAACAUACUCACUCGGCAGUGGAAAUGAGGACAGGGAGAAGGGAUACAAUCGAGACAGAAGUAAAACUACUUUCAGGCGUCAUUCUGGAUACCGAUCAUCAGAAAAGCACUUUGCUCAGUCCAUACGGUCUGCCCACGCUAAAUCAUGGGGCCCUGAUAGAAACAGACAAGCACAUCAUUGGCAACAUUCAACCCAAAGUUACAGUACAGCUUCAGAGCUUUCUCUCAGUGCUAACAAAAGUAAAGACACGGAAGAGGAUCAAAAAAAGACCAAACCUAGUGAAGGAGAGUGGAUUAAAGUUGAGCGACAAAGAAAAUCUCCCAAAAACGACAAUAUUAAACAAACUAGAGGAAGAGGUGGAGGACGCAGUCGAAGGAAUUAAAAAGUGCCACAUACUUUUCUGUCCUUCACUAACUCAAGCUUAAUGACACUUUUAUAGAUCAUAGAAUGUUUACGGCACAGGUGGUGGCCAUUGGGCCCAUGCACAACAUGCCCCUUUAUGGUGCAAUAUUUAAGACGUCAUUCAAACCUGCUGAAUAUUAUGUUAACUCAUACAGAUUUAUAUAGAAAGGGAGUGUUUGAUGCUAUUCCUGCAAGUGCAAUUGAGUCUAUAUUCCUUAUCAAGCGUCAUUAAGGAAAUAGAGCCUUAAUGACCUACUGCAGUUUUUUUUAUAUAUAUUGUACAUACAGGUUGUAAUAAAGCACUGAGAUUAUUUUGUAAAUUGAGAAUAAUAAGAGAA